AAUCACCUAAAAAAGUCGUUUCCCGUCAUGGCUAAAGAAAGAAAGGAAAAGAAGGAAAAGAAGGUCAAGUCGACUGAUAGCGAUUCCACCGAGCAGGUUGCUCGCUUCGCUUCUCCCAUUGCUCAUCCCAUGGCUGAAAGCAAGCUCAACAAGAAGCUUUUGAAGACCGUGAAGAAAGCCAGCAAAGCCAAGCAUGUGUGCCGUGGUGUCAAGGAAGUCAGCAAGAGCCUUCGUAAAGGCAGCAAGGGCCUUGUUAUCAUUGCUGGUGAUAUUUCUCCCAUUGACGUUAUUGCUCACAUGCCCGUCUUGUGUGAGGACCACAGUGUUCCCUACGUGUUCGUACCGUCUCGAGAAGAAUUGGGCGAAGCAAGCUCAACAAAGCGACCUACAUCAGUGGCCAUGAUUGUGGUUGGUGGCAAACAAAACGACGCCAAAGCAGCAGAAGACUACAAGGAAAUGUAUGACGAAUGCUUUGCUCAGGCAAAGAAGCUGAAAGAAAGUUUGGUUUACUAAAUCCGACUCGUGUAAAAAAAAAAAAAAGACAAGAAACGAUAACGACGAUAUGAAAUAGUGUUAUCGUAUUGUUUGUACAUCCAACAUCCUUUUUGUUUAUCUACUUGAAGCCUUUUAUGGCAAUAGAAGAAGCAGAAUCAUCAUAAUAACACGCUUUU